AUGGACUCAACAUACACUAUGGCACCCGUCCAGGGCCAACCCUCUUUUGCAUACUACCCCGACUCAUCACAGCCCCGACAGCAGGGUCCCUACACCGGCCAGCCGUCAGAUGUGCCGUACUAUGGACAGAUGCAGUACUCGGGUGCGCAGCGAGGCACCGAGCAGCCAGUCUACUCGGCUCAGCCCGUGAUGAACAUGCACCAGAUGGCCACCACCAAUGCCUUCCGGGGCGCCACCAUGAACAUGACCCCCAUUGCCUCGCCGCAGCCCUCGCAAAUGAAGCCGGCCAUCAUCGUGCAGCAGGGCUCUCCAGCCCUGCUGCCCUUGGACACCCGCUUCAUGAGCACGGAUCUGUAUGGGUUCCCAUCGACGCCGCCGCUCUCUUCGUCGGGCAGCACUAUCAGCAGCCCUCCCUCCGCCAACGGCACGCUUCCGACUCCGGUCAAUGACGGCUCCUUCGGCUUUGAAAAGGUCGAGGGCGUCAAGGAGGGCUGUGAGACCGAUGUCCACACGGAGAUUUUGGCCAACCCGGACUGGUCGCGCUCUGGCUCGCCUCCGAUGACACCUGGUAGGUGUGACAUGUACCACAUGGCCCGAAAUUUGACGUGUGGGAGUUUUGGGGGGGACGAUCCACGCAAGGGCGAAACACAAAAUGCUAAUUUCCGCGGCCCAGUCUUCAUUCACCCGCCGUCGCUGACCGCCAGCCAAACGUCUGACCUCUUGUCUGCCAAUUCCUGCCCCUCGCUUUCCCCCUCUCCCUCGCCCGUCCCGACCGACAUUCUUGCUCAGUCGCAGUCGCUGUCGGGCGAGUCGUCGGGCGCCGAUUUCUGUGACCCCCGCCAGCUUACCGUGGAGCCUUCUGUGAACGCUCCGACCCCCCAGGAACUCCCUCCUCUGCCCACCCUCUCCUGCGAGGAGGAAGAGCCUCGCGCCGUUGUCGGUAGUGCGUCUGUCACCCUGCCUGUCAAUGAGAACCCGUCGCCCUCGUUUACCAGCUCCACUGAGGACCCCCUGACCUCGCUGCCCACCUUUGACAGCUUCUCGGACCUCGACUCGGAUGACGAGCUGAACCGCCUGGUGGAAUUUCACCCGGGCGCCAAUGCCGUGUAUCUGGGUGACAAGCGCCAGCGGGUGGCCCCGUACGCCACCGAGGACGAUGGCUUCCUCAGCGAGCACAGCCUCGAUGACUCGGAAGACUCAGAGGUCUACAUCCCCUCGGGUCCUCCCUCCUUUGAGUGGACGGAAUCCGUCCAGCCUCAAGCCAAGAUUGAGGAGCCUGCUCCCGAGGAAACCAAGAACAAGAAGCGCACCAACCGCAAAUCGUCUCGCAAGAACUCCGAGGACGAUGGCGAGGUCAAGAAGUCGGUGACCGUGCCUGCACCCCAGUCCGUCAGUGGCUCUGACUGUGGCUCCAUGUCCGACUCGCCCGAGUCUGCACCCGUGUCGGUCAACCGCCGUGGUCGCAAGCAGUCGCUGACCGAGGACCCGUCCAAGACCUUUGUGUGCACGCUGUGCUCGCGUCGCUUCCGUCGCCAGGAACACCUCAAGCGCCACUACCGCUCACUCCACACCCAGGACAAGCCGUUCGAGUGCAACGAGUGCGGCAAGAAGUUCUCCCGCAGUGACAACCUUGCCCAGCAUGCCCGCACCCAUGGUGGAGGCUCCAUUGUCAUGGGCGUCCUGGACGCCAGCGAUGCCGCUUCCAUGUAUGACGAGCAGCAAGACGCUGGCGCUCUGGGUGCGGUCAUGUACGAAGCCGCCCAGGCUGCCGAUGCCGAGGAUCCCUCUGUGGACCGUCGGCCAGCCAAGAAGCGCAAGCGGGACUCGGCCUAA